UUACCAGGCAGUGCAAGAGUUCCUGAUUGGUCGGCAACAGCCCCACCACCCGAUCAGCUGACUCUUUGUUAGCCGGCAGAAGCGGCCCCAGUUUCACCCAUGAUGGACUGAAAUCACCCGGAAAAUGCUCCGAAAACGCCUCGAGGAGGACAAGCCCUCCAAAAGCACCGUCUUCAGCAAGCUCCUGGUCAAGUCGCCGGACCUGGCCGCCAAGACCAUGUCCUCGGACAUCAUCGAGUCGGUGCUGGUGGACGCCCCAGCCCCCUCUUGUCCGGUUUUGGUCGCGCCCACCGACAGGGGGCUCUGUGUGACGCUCGCGGCUUUGACGUAUCGAUUAGAGAGGGAGCUGCGAGCGGCCAAAAGGACACAUCUCUCCUGUGGGGAGGUGCUGCUCCCGAGCGGACUCCUGCACAGGAUUGCGAGGGAUGUUUUGGGGAUGGCUGAGUCGGAACCGUGCGGAAUUCGCGGGUGUCUCAUCUAUGUCAACUUCGAGGGGGUGGAACAGUGCCGGAAACUGGCCAGCUUUAAGUGCGACCCCGAAACCGCCACCACUUUUGAACUCAAACUCACGUUCAAGCAAAACCCCACCGGAUGGAAUUUCAUACCGCAAUUCCUAAAGAAUUUGGCCACGGGGGGCACCAUCGUAGUGAGUCCGGCGUACGUACUGACCAAGAAGAAAUUGUACCGUUCGAUGUUAGAAUAAACCAAGACUGAAAACGCAUCUCACCCAGUGACUGAUUUUUGUACUAAAUGUGUUUAAGCGAAACACAAGGAUCGGAGCCUUUCUUUAAGAGACUGCAGUCAGUGAUACAAAGAGUGAUUUAUUUCGAGAAGUACCUGCAAAAUCUGCUCCAAGUUGCCGCGACCGUCAACAAACCCAGUUACUACAAGUUUUAGCAACCGGUCAGAUCGCAGCAACUCGGACCAAACCCUACGUACAAGUUUUUGUUAGAUUUUUAUAAAGUUGAGGCAGUGUGAUUGUCCAGAAUGUAUUUUCAUUUGAUUUUGUGAUAGGAAUCACAGUAUUGUUUUUUCGAUAUUAUUCAAAGUAUUAGAGAUGCAACCGUGUUGAAAGAAUAAUUUUAGUGUGAUAGUAAAUUUUUGUACUUUAUCAGAAUUUAUUACAAAUAAAUACAUGUGAAACAUGAGUUA